CUGAAUUACGUGAGAGUAACCGCGUCGGCUCCACCAGCCUCAUCUGUAUAAAGGGCAGGCGCCUCCUAUCCAGUGGCUUCCAACCGCAAGAGCCGCCAUUUCGCGAAAGGAUUUCUGCGCCAAAUCGUUAGCUGCUUGACCCAAUGGCAGAGGCGUCGCCGGCGAUCGCUAAGGAUGUCACGGAGUUGAUCGGGAACACGCCGCUGGUGUACCUCAACAAGGUGACCGAUGGGUGCGUGGGGCGCGUCGCGGCCAAGCUCGAGUCCAUGGAGCCCUGCUCCAGCGUCAAGGAUAGGAUUGGCUACAGCAUGAUCACUGACGCAGAGGAGAAUGGGCUGAUCACGCCAGGCAAGAGUGUACUGAUUGAACCAACUAGUGGCAACACAGGCAUUGGAUUGGCCUUCAUGGCUGCUGCAAAGGGUUACAGGCUUGUUCUCACGAUGCCUGCCUCCAUGAGCAUGGAGAGAAGAAUCAUAUUGAAGGCUUUUGGUGCUGAGCUAGUCCUUACUGACCCACUCUUGGGAAUGAAAGGAGCUGUAUCAAAGGCGGAAGAGCUAGCAGCAAAGACACCCAACUCAUUCAUCCUUCAACAAUUUGAAAAUCCUGCUAACCCAAAGAUUCAUUAUGAGACAACUGGGCCUGAAAUCUGGAAAGCUACAGCAGGAAACGUUGAUGGCCUUGUGUCUGGUAUCGGUACAGGAGGUACCAUAACUGGAGCUGGGCGAUACCUCAAAGAGCAAAAUCCCAAUGUCAAGCUCUAUGGUGUGGAGCCAGUUGAGAGUGCUGUUUUAAAUGGUGGAAAGCCUGGGCCACACAAGAUUCAAGGAAUUGGAGCUGGUUUUAUCCCUGGGGUCUUGAAUGUUGACCUAAUUGAUGAAACUUUACAGGUUUCAAGCGAUGAAGCUAUUGAGACGGCAAAGACUCUUGCUUUGAAAGAAGGGUUGUUGGUUGGAAUAUCUUCUGGUGCAGCUGCGGCUGCAGCAGUUAGGCUUGCUCAGAGGCCUGAAAAUGCCGGAAAGCUAUUUGUUGUUAUAUUCCCAAGCUUUGGUGAGCGCUACCUUUCGUCGGUGCUCUUCCAAUCCAUCAAGAAAGGAGCUGAGAUCAUGGUGGUUGAGUCCUAGAGCGCGCAUCCGGCAGCUAUUCUCGAAGACAAUCUCCAUUUCUCGGGGUUCAAAGAAGUAAAGCUUGGGUGUUUCCUCUUCUCUUAAUUUCAACAUGUGCCUAUCUGCCAAUGUCGAGUUCAUUGUGGUCGUGUGCAUCGGAGAAUACAUCGUUUUAGCCCUUGCGCAGUUGUGCUGUUUACAGUUUGACAAUCUCUGUGUUAUGAAUACAUCGCAUCAGCCAGUGUGAAAUAAAGUAUUACAGUGCAUUUCAUGUC